GCCAUCGCUGAGGCCUUUCCACAAAUGCAAUGUGUUAUUUUUGACCUUCCCCAAGUUGUGGCUGACUUGAAAGGAAGCCACAAUUUGAUGUUCGUUGAAGGGGACAUGUUUCAACAAAUUCCACCGGCGGGUGCAAUUCUAUUGAAGUGGAUAUUACAUGAUUGGAGUGACGAAGAAUGUGUGAAGAUACUGAAGAGAUGUAAAGAGGCAAUCACGAGCAAUGGAAAGAAAGGGAAAGUGAUGAUAAUAGAUUUGGUGGUGAGAGAUGAAGACAUUAAGAAUGAUAUGUUGACUGAAACUCAACUGUUUUGGGACGUGUUGAUGAUGGUGACGGUUGGUGGAAGAGAAAGAAAUGAAAAAGAAUGGGCUGAAUUGUUCUAUAAAGCUGGAUUUGGUGGCUACACCAUCUUUCCUAUAUUAGGUUUAAGGUCUCUAAUUGAGAUUUAUCCAUAAUUAAGUAUUACGAUUUCAAGUUUGAAUUAUAUGUUUUCACGUGUGAAAGUGUGUGAUUUUAUGUGGAUGU